CUCUCUCUCUCUCCCCCCCCCCCCCCUGCGUGGGUCUGGGCGUGCGCGAUCUCGUCGCUCAGAUGAUUGGCGCAUCCUCCACAGGUGGAGAGGAAGGGGAAGUGUCAUCUGCAAAGUUGUUAUCUUUAUUAGGCCCUUUGAGGCCUAUAUUACUGUUCCGACGACAAGGAAGAAACAUGAAGGGAAUGGACAUUUUUCCAGUACCUACUAUAACCUGAACAAGAUGUUGGGGCGGAAGCAGAGCCUUAGGGGGGAACCCAUCCUCACGGAUUAUGGACCUGAUGAAACUCUCAAUGAAAGUUCAGAUAUUGAAUGGGUUAACAAAGCGUGGGUGCGAUGGCUGCUUCGUGUUUGUUCUCUGGUUUCGCUGGUAUCUGUAUCAGCAAACACUCCUCGCUCAAAGGAGCUAUAUCCAAGUCUAAGUUAUAUUACGUUUUGUGCAGAUCUUGUUAUUACAUUUCUUUUUACUGCAGAGAUGAUAGCCAAAAUGCAAGCUCGUGGCAUUUUAAAGGGUGAAGUACCAUAUCUUAAGGAUCGCUGGUGCCAGUAUGAUGCAAGUAUGGUUUUCUUCCUUUGGAUGUCAGUAAUUCUUCAAAUGUUUGAAAUAAUGACAGAAUGGGUGAACAAACAUAGCUAUCUGUCAGUUCUGCGAGCUCCUAGACCACUCAUUGUUGUUCGGCUCAUACGCAUAUUUCUCAAGUCUUCUAUGCCCAAGCAAAGACUGAAUCAAAUUGUCAAGCGAUCAAGUCAACAGAUCUACAAUGUUACUUUAUUCUUCUUGUUCUUUAUGUCAUUGUAUGGUCUCCUUGGUGUCCAGCUUUUUGGAGAACUGAGGAAUCAUUGUGUCAAAAAUGGCACCGAUAUAAACAGGCAGAUUACCCUGAACAACCUGGCCAUUCCUGACACAUUUUGCUCUACUGAACCAGACUCAGGUUAUCAGUGUCCAGAGGGCAUGAUAUGUGCUCCCCUUGAACUUGAGAAGAAAGUUAGUGGCUUCAAUGGAUUUGAUAACAUUGCUACCAGUAUUUUUACUGUUUAUCAAGCUGCCUCACAAGAAGGUUGGGUAUUCAUCAUGUACAGAGCCAUAGAUUCAUUACCAGGAUGGAGAGCAACAUUCUUCUUUACUACCAUGAUAUUCUUCCUCUCAUGGCUUGUUAAAAACGUUUUCAUUGCUGUUAUUACGGAAACUUUCAAUGAGAUGAGAGUGCAAUUCCAACAGAUAUGGGGUAUUCGAGGCCAUAUUGAACAAGAAGUUUCAACGCAAAUACUUUCUGGUGAUGACCAUGGUUGGAAACUUGUAUUUGUUGAUGACAACAAACCUCGUGGUUGGGCACCAAAAUGUUGUAUGAAAUUUGUGGUCAGUGCUGGGUUUUACCUUGUCAUCAUGGCUGCUAUUAUUGCCAAUGCUAUAGCUGCUGCCUCUCUGAGCUUUAAGCAUGAUGGACGAGACAGAAGAGAAUUUUAUCAACAUUAUUACUACAUGGAGGUUGGAUUUACAAUAUUUUUUGAUGUGGAAGUGAUUUUCAAAAUAUGGUGUUUAGGACUUCGAGGCUAUUGGCGUCUCACUAUACAUAAGUUUGAGUUUCUUUUAGCAGUUGGGACAACACUGAGAAUUCUUCCUUUCUAUGACCUGUUUAUGACUUCUCUUACAUAUUUUCAAGUCUUGAGGCUUGUACGACUGAUCAAGGCCUCUCCAAUUUUAGAAGAUUUUGUUUACAAGAUUUUUGGUCCAGGGAAGAAACUAGGAAGUCUCAUCCUUUUCACUAUGUGCCUCCUCCUCAUAACCUCAUCCAUCUCAAUGCAGCUGUUUUGUUUCUUGGAAAAUUAUGAUAAAUUUGAAACAUUUGCAAAUGCUUUUAUGUCAAUGUUUCAAAUAUUAACACAAGAAGGAUGGGUAGAAGUCAUGGAUGAAACAAUGAUCAAGACAAUGACAGGGACCACUGAUGAAAUUGCACCUGUUGUUGCAAUAUAUUUCAUCCUGUAUCAUCUUUUUGUUACUCUGAUAGUGUUGAGCUUGUUUGUAGCUGUUAUUCUUGAUAACUUGGAACUUGAUGAAGACUUUAAGAAGCUCAAGCAAAUGAAAGCUCGAGAACAAAGUGCAGGUAUUCAAGAGACUUUACCUCUUCGACUUCGUGUAUUUGAAAAGUUUCCAGAUCGCCCAACAAUGGCUAGGCUCCACAAAGUGCCAUCAGAUUUUUCCUUGCCAAAGAUUCGGGAAAGUUUCAUGAGGCAAUAUCUUGAAGAGGAUCAAGAAGAUGAAGAUGGAUUAACAAAGGCUCAUGGAGUAGGAGGUCUUGAGGAUUCCUCUAUCACAUAUCGUAAAAGAAGGCCUGUGAAGUUACUUACUCCUAUAUCUCAUCCACGUAAUGCUGAUUAUGAAAAGAAGAAAACAGGGGUUUCUAAUAUUAUAAGUGAUGCAAACAACCAGAGGCUUUUAUUAGGAAGGUAUUCUUUUCAAAUGUCCUGUUUUAAGGAGUUUUUUAAUCCUGUGUUCACUAAUACUGUGUGUGCUAAAGAUCCUGGGUCAGGUUGUAAUAGUUAUUUAGGCAAGAAGAUUAUGAGUAUAGCUUUUGCCUGUGACUGUGGCUCUCAUAGUUGCAUGAGGCAUGACAUUUGCAUGAGCAUGAGUCCUGUGUUCCCAUCUCUAAGGUCAAUCCGUCGCAGUGUCCGAGGAUCUGUCAAGCUCAAGCAGCAGAAUUAUGAUCAUCUGAAGGAAAACGGAGACAUUGGAGCCAUGAAUCGAACAUCAUCCAGUCGCAAACCUCAAGAUCUAGACAUUAAAAUGCUUCAAGCAAAAAGACAACAAGCAGAAAUGAGAAGAAAUCAGCGUGAAGAAGACCUUCGUGAAAAUCACCCAUAUUUUGAUACACCCCUCUUUGCUGUGGGACGUGAAAGUCAGUUCAGGAAACUGUGUCAAGUCAUUGUAUAUUCACGUUAUGAUACAAGUCAUAAGGAUCCAAUUACUGGAAAAGAGAGAAAGAUCAAAUACAAACGUUUACACAAUCUUCUUGGCCUAGUUACAUACCUUGACUGGGUGAUGAUAUUAGUAACAACGCUAUCGUGCAUCUCUCUCAUGUUUGAAACACCAACAUAUCGUAUUACAAAUGCACCAAUAUUGCAGAUUGCAGAAUAUGCGUUUGUUGUUUGUAUGAGUAUUGAGCUGUGUUUAAAGAUCUUAGCAGAUGGACUACUCUUCACACCAAAGGCACUGAUUCGGGACAUGGCUGGGGUGUUGGAUCUCUUCAUCUUUACGGUUUCCUUAGUAUUUUCGUGUUGGAUGCCAAAGGAAGUACCUGCACAAUCAGGUAUUCAACUUCUUCUAAUCUUAAGAUGUUUAAGACCCCUUCGAAUCUUCAACCUUGUUCCCCAUAUGAGGAAAGUAGUGUCGGAGCUGUGCAAAGGUUUUAAAGAAAUUCUGUUGGUAUCCAUUCUUCUUAUAGUACUCCUAUUUGUAUUUGCAAGUUAUGGAGUACAGUUGUAUGGAGGUCGUCUCGCCCGCUGCAAUGACAGCACAAUCACUGAACGGAAAGACUGUAUAGGAGUAUUUGUCAGGGAGAUUUUUGUUACCAAAAUGAAAUUAGGCCUUGGAGAAAACGAGAAGCACCCAGCAAUGUUGGUACCUAGAGUGUGGGCCAACCCCAGACGCUUCAACUUUGACAACAUUGGAAAUGCAAUGCUGGCCCUGUUUGAAGUACUUUCAUUCAAGGGCUGGCUAGAUAUUCGAGAUGUUUUAAAAAUCCGUCUUGGCAUCGCCUCAACCAUCUACAUCCACAUUUUUGUAUUCCUUGGAUGCAUGAUUGGGCUUACAUUGUUUGUUGGUGUUGUGAUUGCCAAUUAUUCUGAAAACAAAGGAACAGCUCUUCUCACAGUAGACCAGCGAAGGUGGUGUGACCUAAAGAAAAGAUUAAAGAUUGCUCAACCCUUACAUCUACCACCCCGACCAGAUGGCAGAGCAUUUCGAGCAUCUAUAUAUGAUAUUACCCAGAACAUAUACUUCAAACGCUUUGUUGCAAUAUCUGUAAUCUUUAACAGUUGUUUACUAUGUGUUGCUUGGAAGAAUGAUGCAGCACAAACACAAUACCUGGCAAUUUUGUCAUCACUGCUAAACUUUGUAUUUGUGGUGGAAGUUGUGAUGAAACUUAUAGCCUUUACACCCCGUGGAUAUUGGCAAAGCAGACGGAAUCGUUAUGAUUUGUUUGUCACUGUUCUUGGUGUUGUAUGGAUUAUCUUGAAUUUUACAAUUCGUACGGAUGAAUCACAUAUGUUUGGAUUCAUGGUGAUUAUUCUCAGAUUCUUCACAAUUACUGGCAAACAUGCAACUCUGAAAAUGCUAAUGUUAACAGUAGGUGUAUCUGUCUACAAAAGUUUCUUCAUUAUCAUGGGGAUGUUCCUUCUUAUUCUAUCUUAUGCCUUGGCUGGAUGCAUCUUGUUUGGUACUGUCAAGUAUGGAGAAGGCAUUGGCAGGCAAGCCAACUUCCAGACAGCAACUAAUGGCAUCACAUUACUGUUUCGCAUUGUUACCGGAGAGGACUGGAACAAGAUUAUGCAUGACUGUAUGGUUGCACCUCCAUUUUGCACUGAAGGGCUUAAUUACUGGGAUACUGACUGUGGUAACUUUACUGGCUCCCUCAUCUUCUUCUGCUCCUUCUAUGUUAUCAUCACAUACAUUGUGCUGAAUUUAUUGGUUGCUAUCAUCAUGGAGAACUUCUCUUUAUUUUAUUCCAAUGAAGAAGAUGCUUUACUUUCCUAUGCUGAUAUCCGUAAUUUUCAAAAUACUUGGAAUGUAGUUGAUGUGAAUCAGCGAGGUGUUAUUCCUGUAAGAAAGGUGAAAUUUAUUCUGCGUCUUCUGAAAGGCAGACUGGAAGUAGAUCCAGAAAAGGACAGAUUACUUUUCAAACAUAUGUGCUAUGAAUUAGAACGCUUGCACAAUGGAGAUGAUGUUACCUUCCAUGAUGUACUCAACAUGCUGUCAUACAGAAGUGUAGAUAUCCGAAAAUCACUCCAGCUUGAAGAACUGAUGGCAAGAGAAGAGUUGGAAUAUAUCAUAGAAGAAGAAGUUGCAAAACAAACCAUUAGGAACUGGCUUGAUAACUGCCUAAAACGUAUAAGAGCUCAAAAGGAGCAAACCUCAUUACUUGCACGAUUACGAGAAACAAAUGACUUCCUGAUGGUUGAAGACAAAAAAGUUCAGCCAUGUGAUAAAGAAAGAGAAACUGAAAACAAGGAUGCUGAUCGAACAAGGGAGAGAAAGAAAGGCAUUAUUAUAAUGUCCAGAACAGACUCAAUGACAAGUAUUAGUGGAAGAAAUUUCUUAGCCCCAACUCCAUCAGAUGCUUCAUCACGAGCUGAGAAACACACACGACAUGAUUCAAAAUCAAGAAAGAGGCGUCCCUCUGGUAGCAGUAAAAAUCUUCCCCACGUUAGUGAAGGAGGAGAAGGGAUUACAAUAGUCAAUGGAGGACAGCUGAGUAGUGACAUUUCAAGUAACAAAGCGGUUCUUCCUCGCUCAGCCUCAGGAUCUGGUGAAGUGAGAGACUGGUGGAGGCAGCAAGUUGAUUAUGAUUCAGGGUCAGACUUCAGUGAUGAUAUGGAAUAAGGGAACAAAAUGUUUGUAAAUCUUAUACUCCUUGAUUAUUACUAUUUUUGUGACUGAUCUUUGCACAUACAGAAGCAUAGACCAAUUAACUCCCAUGCACUUGUACAGUAAAUUUGUAAACAGUGGAAACCUAAAAUCAGUAUAUUAACAAAGGUCUAUCUAGAUUUGGUUUUGUGUAAGUGAAAGACAGAUUGCAUAAAAAUAGUUUGCUGUUUUUUCUUAUUUUGGCAGUGUUUGCCUCUUUUGUUUUUUAUACAAAAUUAGUUUCCUUUCUUAAAUAGACACUUUUUUUUACCUAAUUUUUUAUUAUACAUCUGCCAUUCCGGUCAUACUAUGCAUGUUCAUGUUUUACUGUUUUUCUACAUGAAGAAUCACCCAAGAUAUUUGUAUAUUUUAAUGCCCCUGACCCAGGUUUGAGUUGCAGUUUCUGUGUUUUAAUUUUGGCUAACAGGUGCACAGGAAUCUGGUAGUUUGUAGCUUUACACAGAUUCAAUCAACUUAUCUUCAGAGCCCCUUAGUUUAAGAUGUAUCACAGAGUCUGAAGAAUUCUCUGUGAAAUGGAGAUGCCAAAAGCACUAAGCUAAAAGUUGUUAUCCUGCAGCAUAUUGACUGCAGUCUCUUCUUAUAUGUUAUAUUGAGAUUACCAAAUUAAUGGAAAAAAAAUAUAUAUAUAUAAAAUUUAAAAUUUUUGCUCUGUUAACAAAAUUCUGUUACUUUUGUUUGUGAAAUGUGUUUUUAUUUUUUAUGAUAAUAUAAAGAUAAGAUAAUAGUCUGUGCAGCAUUUAUUUGAUAGAGCCUUAAAUGUACCUGAGUGGGUAUUAGUUUGUUAGGAAAUUUAUUAGAUAAAUAUGCCUAUUUUAGGUUAUAUCUUGUUAAAAGUUGACCAAAUAAAAUUCUUCCCUAGCCAUAGACUAGGUACUAGUAAUCGAAUGUUAUACAAUUUUAGAAUGUAUUUUAUUAUUGUUCAGAAGGGAAUGGAUAACUUAAAUAAUCCUCUAUUAUAGAAUCUAAAAUUCCAUCCAGAGAAUAUUUAAUUAGAGUAUAUAUUUACAUAUAACAACCAACCAAGUAUUUUAUAUAAAGCUUAUUCAUUUUUAUCUUGUGCCACACAGAAAAAAGCUAGGUGGACUGAUAGAUAGAUAAGCUGUACAAUCCAAUAUUCUCUACAUAUCUCUGCACAUACACUUGCCAACUGUAGUACAGGUGAACUCCAACCUUCUUGCUUUACAAAGUGUUACAGAGAAGGCAUAAUCACUUUGUUUAAUCUUUAAAUGCCCAUGGGUAAUUCUAUAUAUUAGUUUAUUGGUUUAUAACACUGACAUAUUGCUAAGUCUAUAUGUUAACAUAGUAACUAUAUAUGUUUUGUUUUGUAUUUAUGAAGAUCAUAUUACUUAAGUUUAAGACAUUUAGGUUGUCAUCAGAUAAGGUCAGUGGAAUAGUUUUAAGAUACAUUCCUUAUGAAAAAUGUUGCCUGUGCAUUUUGUGGAGACCUGGUGAUAAUGGAAAAGAAAAGUUAUAAAGAGA